CGGCGCUUUCGUCCCACGGAACAUUCAGCGUUUCACUGGCUCCUCAUGCAUCUCCUCCUUCAGGAAGAACCAAGGGCGCUGUAUCUGGUUACGUCUUCAGAGGAUGAGCGCCUCGGCCUUCCACCAAGAGCCCUCAUCUUCAAACCUAUAUCGAAUCGGACAUCAUCCCAAAUCAUUGUAGAAUUCCUGCCCAAGUGCGAGGUAGACCUUGGCAACCUUGUAAGAUUGACGAAUCGGUCUGUUCAGGGCUGCCUGGGGGUACUUAAUAUAGCUAAUGAUAUCUUCAUUGCUGUCGUCACUUCAGUGAAUUUCAUUGGAAAUCUCCGCCCUGGGACAGAGAUUACAGAGAAUGUGUCAAGGGUCCAGGAUGUGCAAUUCUUUUGCAUCAAUUCCUCAGCUUAUGACGAUCUGUCUCAAAUAUCGGAUGUGCUCGCUAGCCCUACAUUUACUGAUUUCGGUGACUCGGGAAGCGCCUAUUCGCAGCCUUCCAUUCAGGCACCAUCAGGCAUACCUAUUUAUGAGCACCCUUGUGCACCUCUGGUCAAAAUACUUUCUACCGGAACAUUCUAUUUUGCUGCUCGACCCCAAUGGGAUAUCAGCACACGACUUGGUGUUCGAUGCAGUCUUGAUGGGAAUGGCAUGGACCGACAAGAUGGCAGGUUCAUUUGGAAUGAGUACAUCGCACAACCGCUGCUCGACUUCAGAGAGCGGCUAGAUCACUCUGAACAAAGUGAAUUGGACGCCUGCCAGUUCAUCUUGCUCGUUAUUCAAGGGUUUGUAGGUGUCUUUGAUGUGCCUCUCCCUGCCCCUCCAUCGCACGGCGCUCCGGUCAUCGGGACAAUCGCGCUUGUGUCUCGGCUGGGCUGGAAACGUGCCGGCACCAGGUUCAAUACCAGGGGUGUUGAUGACGAUGGAAACUGCGCAAAUUUUGUUGAGACCGAAACAAUUUUCAGCACGAGUGACCAUUCCUUCAGUUAUGUGCAAGUUAGGGGCUCUAUACCCUUGUUUUGGGAACAACAAGGCUUCCAAACUUUCGGUCAAAAAAUUCAAAUCACUAAACCACAAAUUGCUUCCCAACCAGCUUUUGACCGUCAUUUCAUGCAACUUGCCGAAGAAUAUAGCGCGGUCCACGCAAUUAAUCUACUAGGGACAAAGGAAAACGAAGCCAUCCUUUCCGAAGCUUAUGCGGCUCACAUCCAAGCCGCGGCAAGGGCUCCAGAGUCUGCUACCCCUGGAAAAAUUGGUAUCACCCAUUUCGAUUUUCACCAAUCCGUCCGAAUAGGUGGCCAUGAUAGUGUGCGAGAAAUACGGCGUCUUCCCGGCGUAAAGGACGGAAUUGAGGAUUACGGGUACACCGUUGUUGACUUAGCACUCAAUGAGGUGAUUCUGCGCCAAAAGGGCGUGUUUCGGACGAACUGCCUGGAUUGCUUGGAUAGAACGAAUUUUGUCGAAGAUAUUCUCUCCCGUUCAGUUCUCGAGAACUAUCUUUUCAACUUCCGGAGCGACUGGGUAGCGUCGAAUUCCCUCUGGUCGAAUCAUCGGGAGCUGUGGGCUGAAAAUGGGGAUGCGCUUUCGCGCAUCUACGCUGGAACUGGAGCUCUUAACACCAGUUUUACGCGGAGCGGAAAAAGGACCCUUGCAGGGGUUCUUGCUGAUGCUAGCAAAAGCGUGUCAAGAGCCUAUAUAAACAAUUUCCAGGACAAGGCAAAGCAAACUGCUAUUGACACGUUUCUGGGGAACCUUCCUCACCAAAAGCAAGUGACGGCAUUCGACCCAAUCCACGACACAGUCCAGGCUGCCCUUCUAGCGAGAGUGUUCGAGUACUCGUCGACGAAGCUUACUACAAUCUUCACAGGGACAUGGAACUUGAAUGGUCGAGUAGGCACGAGGUCCUACACUCCGCGGACUGUGACUAACUUUAUUCCUCUCGACAAGACGGGAUCUGAAUCCCUCCUACGCUGGCUUUUUCCUCUUCCUAACACUCCUGAUCCAGAUCUUUUUGUUAUCGGGUUUCAGGAAAUCGUGCCUCUGACUGCUCAGCAGAUUCUCCAGACGGACCCUGAGAAGCUUAAACGCUGGGAAGCGAUACUAAUGGAAACUCUGAUUCGUCGACCAGAUAAGAAAUCUGAUUACUUCAUUCUCAGAAGCGCCCAGCUGGUUGGGACUGCACUCAUUAUCCUUGUUCGAUCCGAUUUAACUGGUGUCAUACGCAACGUCGAUGCUGCAACUAGAAAGACUGGUCUUCGUGGGAUGUCAGGAAACAAAGGCGCAGUGGCCAUCCGUCUGCAGUUCCAUGACACUAGCUUUUGCUUCAUCACCGCACACCUUGCGGCGGGUCAGGCGAACUACGAGGAAAGAAACAGUGACUAUCGAACCAUCGCACAUAGUUUGCACUUUCAAAGAGGGCGUACAAUUGAAUCACACGACAACGUUAUAUGGCUGGCGGAUACGAAUUACCGCAUCGACCUCGAUAACGAGACGGUACGGGCACUUGUUGCUGCAGGCGAUCUGCAGACUCUUUUGCUGUCGGACCAGUUAAAGCAAGCCAUGGCUUCCAGGGCUGCCUUCACCGAGUAUGAAGAAGGGCCCAUUCUAUUCGAGCCCACAUACCGCUAUAAUGUUGGGACAGAUCUGUAUGAUACGAGCGAGAAAAUGCGCAUCCCGGCUUGGACAGACCGGAUAUUGUACCAAGGAACGAGCCUGGAUCUGUCGGCAUACUCGAAAGCCGAUAUUCGUAGCUCGGACCACCGUCCAGUGUUCGCCCUAUUCCGUGCGGAGGUGCGCAUUGUAGAUACAGCAAAAAAGAUGGGUAUUUCCCAACAGCUCCUCGCGGACCUUUUGUCUAAAAAUGACAUUCAAACCCUGGAGUCCAACUUUACCCGUAUUUCCGUCGGUUCGACACACUCAUUACCACCUCCUAGCUCAGACGUCGCCGCAUGGUGGGAAGAUGAAGAUCACCCGAAUGGGGUGUACGUAGACACCCGGCAAAACUUUCAAUCAACCUCCAACCCAUUCGAUUCCUCUUCCAACUCCAAUUCUUCGGACGAUGAACUCUAUAAAGAUGCUCAGACAGAAACCUUUACUCAGCCUCGUAAAAAGCCCCCUCCACCCCCACGGCCAGCCAGAUCUGCAAUAGAUUCCGCGCAAUAGCAUAGUGUACUUGUACUGUGUGUAAUAUCAUAUCGCCGAACAUGUCCUUUGCUGUAAUCCAUACACAGG